GGAAGCGCAUGCCGCUGUCCUCGGAAGAGGUCGCUGGUGCUGGGAACGAUGGCGGCAGUGGCUUCUCGGAUGCUGGGGCUGCGGGUGGCGGGCCUGCUCCGCGCGGCGUGUGUGGGGCCGGCCCGCGCCUCCUGGAGCGUCCCCGGCGUCGCCCCGCGCCCAGGGGUGGUGUGGAUGCCAAGCAGGUGUGGCAGCUCUGCAGCAGAAGCAUCUGCCACAAACGCAGAUGACUCCUUCCUCCAGUGGUUGCUGCUUGUCAUCCCUGUGACUGCCUUUGGCCUGGGGACAUGGCAGGUCCAGCGACGGAAAUGGAAGCUGAAACUGAUUGCAGAAUUAGAGUCUCGAGUCAUGGCUGAGCCCAUCCCUUUGCCGGCAGACCCAAUGGAGCUGAAGAAUCUGGAGUACCGGCCAGUGACAGUCAGGGGACACUUUGACCACUCCAAGGAGCUGUACAUGAUGCCCCGGACCAUGGUGGACCCAGUGCGGGAGGCACGGGAGGCUGGCCGCAUUUCCUCCUCAACUGAGAGCGGGGCCUUCGUCGUCACCCCCUUCCACUGCACUGAUCUGGGCAUCACCAUCCUGGUCAAUAGAGGGUUUGUCCCCAGAAAGAAGGUGAACCCCGAGAGCCGGCAGAAGGGCCAGGUUGAGGGAGAAGUGGACCUAACUGGAGUGGUGAGGCUGACAGAAACCAGAAAGCCCUUUGUCCCUGAGAACGACCCAGAAAGAAACCACUGGCAUUACCGGAACCUGGAGGCCAUGGCCAGGACCACAGGCGCAGAGCCAGUCUUCCUUGAUGCGGACUUCAAAAGCACUGUCCCUGGAGGACCCAUCGGAGGGCAAACCAGAGUCACCCUGCGGAAUGAGCACAUGCAGUACAUCAUAACCUGGUAUGGGCUAUGUGCAGCCACAUCAUACCUGUGGUUUAAGAAGUUCCUACAGCGGACACCUGGUGUGUGACAGGCAGGGUCAGUACAGCCCUGCUGAUAUUAGAGCCUGGGGCUUGCUUUUAUUUUUUUUGUGCUACCGGAGAUCCAACUCAUGGCCCUGAGGUUGCCAGGCAGGCACUUCUGGGGCUUGCUUUUAGGGAAAAUUAAAACUUCUGAACUCUU